AUGCUGGAAGACUGCGUCAGCAGACGACCCCAGUUAGAGUGCCUCUACAGCAAGCAGCUUCACAUGAACAUACCGUCCCGGAUCAUUGUUGGGAUGUACGAUAUCUUUCUCAAGCAAUGGCUUAAAGUGUUUCCCCGAAACCAGAUCAUGAUUCUCAGAAACGAAGACUACUCUAAAGAUAUCAAGUCUUACAUGAAGCGAGUCUAUGACUUUCUACAGCUGCGCUCCUUGUCAGACAGUGAACUAGAUAACAUACAGAAAAUGCCCAGAGCUUUCGAGAAAACCGACCAGGCGAGACAAGCUGGGCCAAUGAUGCCAGAAACUCGACUUAUUCUCGACAAAUUUUAUUCUAAAUAUAACAAACAGCUAGCGGAAACACUCGGAGAUCCUAAAUAUUUAUGGGAUUCAAAUAAUUAA